GCCGCGGCUCCUCGCGCGCUCGCACCUAGCGGGGCAGCCCCAGACUUCAGGCCGGCCCGGCCCGCCCGCGCGCUCCCGCCCGCACUGCCGACCGCCGCGCGCUCCCGCUCCCUCUGCGGGGCGCUUCGCCCCUGCCCACCGGCGGAGGUGCAGGCGCAGCCGGCGAGAGCGCCGAGCGGACCCGCGCCUUCCCAUGGCUGACCUGAGCUUCAUCGAGGAUGCCGUCGCCUUCCCCGAGAAGGAGGAGGAUGAUGAUGAGGAGGAGGAGGGCGUGGAGUGGGGCUACGAAGAAGGCGUUGAGUGGGGCUUGGUGUUUCCUGAUGCUAAUGGGGAAUACCAGUCUCCCAUUAACUUAAACUCAAGAGAAGCUAGAUAUGACCCCUCACUGCUGGAUGUACGCCUCUCCCCAAAUUACGUGGUCUGCCGAGACUGUGAAGUCACCAACGACGGGCAUACCAUUCAGGUUAUCCUGAAGUCAAAAUCAGUUCUAUCGGGAGGUCCAUUGCUUCAAGGGCAUGAAUUUGAACUGUAUGAAGUUAGAUUUCACUGGGGGAGAGAAAACCAGCGUGGUUCUGAGCACACAGUUAAUUUCAAAGCUUUUCCCAUGGAGCUGCAUCUGAUCCACUGGAACUCCACCUUGUUUGGCAAUAUUGAUGAGGCCGUGGGGAAGCCGCAUGGAAUCGCCAUCAUUGCUUUGUUUGUUCAGAUAGGAAAAGAACAUGUAGGCCUGAAGGCUGUAACUGAAAUCCUCCAGGAUAUCCAGUAUAAGGGGAAGUCCAAAACAAUACCCUGUUUUAAUCCUAACACUUUAUUACCAGAUCCUUUGCUGCGGGAUUAUUGGGUAUAUGAAGGCUCUCUCACUAUUCCACCUUGCAGUGAAGGUGUUACCUGGAUAUUAUUCCGAUACCCUCUGACUAUAUCGCAGCUCCAGAUUGAAGAAUUUCGAAGGCUGAGGACACAUGUUAAGGGGGCAGAACUUGUGGAAGGCUGUGAUGGGAUUUUGGGAGACAAUUUUAGACCCACUCAGCCACUUAGUGACAGAGUCAUUAGAGCUGCAUUUCAGUAGCCAGAGAGAACAGGAGCAAGUCUGUCUUCAUCUGGGAGGAAGACAAUGGUCCUAUAGUGCCCUUGGAUGAAAACGGAAACUUUUGAGCUGCAGCUUCAGUUUAUCCUCAAAGCCUGCAUUGUUUGUCUUCAUCUAAGCCAGCUUUGAUGGACGUCUGUGACAGUUGCCUGUACACAUGCACUAAUGAAAUACUAGAAAUGGCUGUACAUUCAAAAGAAACCCCAUAUUAUAUAGUCACAUCACUGCAGCUAGUAUUCAUAUUUUUGCACAUACUGUUUAUUGCUUAUGUGUCAAAGAAAUGAAACUAGUUUUCAGAGUUAUUAUUAAUAUGAAUAUAUAUAAUGUAUGAAUAUUGAGGCAGGAAAAAUACAUUCCCAGUGUUAGCAGUCCUUCAUUUCCUGUCUCCAAUGGAAAAUUCGUUCAUUCAGAGAAUAAUGUAAUUCUUGUUAAUAAAUAAGCUUUGAUCAAGAACAGCAUACAGCUUCAAAAUGGAAUGUGAAGGAUUAGUAAAAAUCCUAUCUCCUGUUAUUUUUCAGCCCUCAUGCCACAAUUUAUGUAAGGCUGGUUUGUUAUGGAAAACAAUUUGAGAGUUAAUGCAAGAACAUAAUAUUCACUUUAUAUAUUACUUUCAUAGAAGAUUUAAUUGUAUGAAUCUGAUUGUAUUUAUUUGACAGAAGCUGUGGUUUCUAGAAAUUUGAGAAAAGUAUAAGAAAUAGGGUAAAAAGACAGUGGGUACAAUGUACCAGGCAUAGCUUUAUUUUCCAUGGUAGAAAUAUGAAUUUAAGAGUACUCUGUGAUAACUUAAUGUACAUUUUAUAAGACUUUAAAAUAUUUUACUCUAUGGAUUUCACUUCUUCAGUCUAUUGGGACUUUUCUUUCAAAGAUGACCAAAAAUAUUCUAAUUUUAAAUAAUUAAUUUUAAGUGCUACCAGCAAAUUUAAGCAUUUGCUUAGUUUGCAGUUAGAUGUGACAGAAUGAGAUAAUUCAUUAAAAGCGGUAGAGUGCCUGGCACAAAGCAAGUACUUAAUAAAUGUAUUUUGUUAUUGUUA